GAAAACACAGACAGACUCAUUACACUAAUUAGAAAACCAGAGUAAAAAGUGCCAAGGAAAAACUUCAAGAAACCAUAUGAGAAAGAAACCUUGAGAGAACUGGACUCAAAGGGAAACCAUCCUCCUCUGGGUGAUACCAGAUAGUAGUAUCAUGAAUCAUUACAGUAUAUAGAAAUGAAUAAAUGCAGUAAAAAACAAAUGCUGAAAGUAUGUUCAGUAUGAGUAUAUUGUGAUCAAAAGUCUUACAGAAUUAUCAUGGAAACACAUUUCAAAAAUCUACCAGAAAUAGUAGAGCAUUAGGUAUAUAAUCCUAUUAUGAUUUGAGACACACUUAUACUGAUCUCAGAUACUGUUUAGGAGGACAGUAGAUGAUUGGUAUGCAGGUUCCAGCUGUUUGGAUCUACACUGAAAAACAAGCUUAUGCUACAAAAGAAGAUAUUACAUUCCUGGCUAUGACUGAAGAGCCUGAUCCACUCGGGUUUCUGUGGCAUUUUGGGGACCAAACAGCAGUUAAAAUGUCAUCUAGGACAUUUGUUAAGAAAUACCUACAUCCAGACAGGUACAACGUUACAGUCAGCGUCUCCAGCAGCCAAGGCUCUGUUAGCUCAGAAGUUCAUACUGUAGUGAUUCAAAGAGCUGUGCAUCUUAACAGACUGCUGUACACUCGCUCAGUGCUGCUGAACAAAUCAGUGCCUUUCAGCUGCCGAAUCGACGCUGGAACAGACGUCACUUAUCUCUGGGAUUUUGGAGAUGGAUCAAGAAGAAUUGGAAAGGACAGUGAGCAUCAUGUGUUUAAAAGUACAGGAGAGUUCAUAGUAGAAGUGAUCGUCACCAACCUAGUGAGCUCUGCCUCUUUAAAAGGACAUGUGUUUGUCGUUGUUGAGCCAUGCCAACCUCCACCUGUGAAGAACAUGGGACCCAGCAAGAUCCAGGUAUUGCGUUACCAGCCUGUGUGGCUUGGUGUGACAUUUGAAGAGCAGAUCCAGUGCAAUGUCUCCAAAGGCCUCCACUACAGCUGGACUCUCUAUGGACCAACCAGACUGCAGCUCUCUACCACAGGCAUUAAAACAAACCAACAACAUCUGAAGCUUCCGGAGUACUUCCUUCAUUACGGCACAUAUAAAGUAGCAGCUAAGGUUCAGAUUGUAGGCAGCAUAGUUUAUAGUACCUACGCUGUUUUGCUCGAGGUGAUGCCGAGCACACCUGUGAGCAUCAUAAGUGGAGGAACAAAUGUGUUUAUCAACCGUCACAACAGCAACUCAAACAUCACUGUGGAUGGAUAUAGGUCAUAUGACCCAGAUUUUCCUGAAAACGUUAUGAGUUAUAGGUGGAAAUGCAGGCCAGUAAACACAGCUGAGACCUCUUGUUUCUCUGCACAUGUUCAGACUUCCUCUGCAUUGCUAAUGUUUCCUGCAACAUCACUAAAUUCUAACUGUGAUCUGUUCAAGUUCACACUUACUGUACAAAGUGGCAAUCGGUCCUCUUCUUCCGAGAUGUUCAUCACUGUGAGAUCCAAACCAACCAGCAUCAUUCAUGUAUCUUGCAAAGAGGGCAGAGGGAAUUCUGUCAAUUGGAACGAGAGGUUCUCUGUCACAGCUGCGUGUAAACAUUGUCCUAUUAAUAUCACCUACUCCUGGAAGCUCUAUUUAGUAAAUGCAUCUAGCAAAAGCAUACCAGAUGUGCCUUUCUGCAGCAGUUUGGACAUAAGCUUACCUUCUAAACUGGUGGAGCACGAAAAUUUCCUUCAACAGCCUGCUACAUCUGUUCCUCUAUCCAUCCUAAAUCACCACAAAACAUCCAGCAGGGGCAACAUUAAGAUCACACAUGACAGUUUUGUCAGUUGGCCCAGACAGGGGAGAUCAGAGGAGCAGACGAAUCCAUCCCUUUCUGUCCUGCUGUCUGAGACAGACAGUGCAUCAGCUGAAAUGGGAUCAGGUGAAGUCAGUGAGAUGGAUUUUACUCUGUUUAAUCCUGCUCAUAUGAAAGAAGACAAAAACACGAGCGAGAAGGAUUUUGUAGCUGAAUAUCCCAAUGAGCAUGGAUAUCUAGACUAUGAGGAUUUUUAUUCCGGAAUAGAGGAAGCGGACUCAGGGGUUUCAGUAGGCCGGCCAAAUGGACCCCACAAUUUAGACAAGGUGAUUUCCCAUUCAAGCGAAUAUGACGGUGAUAACCUGGUAGGUCCUGGUAGCCUCGACAAUGUAGUGUUUGAGAAAACCUUGCUGGAUCUUCACAGAGAACUCAUUGAGCCUGCAAUCUUUCAGUCCUUCACAUCCACAGAUAUAUCCUCAUCUGUUAUCACAUUUAAACCCAUGAUGCUAAAGCCGAAAAGUCUUUACAUGCUAGAGGUCACUUCAAGUUCUGAGCAUGUUCUGCAGGGAAAGACCCAGCUGUUUUUCUCCACACAUCCUGUUCCCGAGGAAAUGGUGUGCCAUGUGCAACCCAGCUUAGGUUUUGAGCUCCAUACACAAUUCAGCAUCUUCUGCAGUUCAGGAAAAAAGGAUCUCUUGUAUGAAUACAGCUUUAGUGUGGGAAAGUCAACAAAAAAAGUGAUCUAUCAAGGCAGAGAUUACCAGAACUAUUUUUAUCUUCCAUCAGGAGAUCCAUAUGAUGAUUACAAAGUCACCAUCUACAUUAAAAUUGAGAACAGAUUUGGGGCAUCUACCAAGCCGUGUCCUGUGAACGUCAAAGUUUGGCCGAGCUUCAAGAGAGAUUCAACGUCUCUCUCCAAUCCAGAUCAGGAACUGUUUAUGUAUGGUUUGCGUAAUCUAACCAACCUAAUACAGGUGAAGAACACCCAAGACAUUAUUAAUUACAUCUUUCUCCUGACUGCUACUUUGAACCGUCUGAGUUUGGACCCAGAAUCUUGUGUGAAACUACAGACACAAACACGAGCCGCUCUCAUUUCAGCAAUUUUUCAACUGGAUGCCACAAACCAGGAACUGCUCUUUGAUAUCCUUCAAACUCUUGUAGACCUUAUGAAAGUUUCCAAUCAAGUGACGUUUGACAGCGCAGUACUGGUGACAAAAUAUAUUCAAAAUCUAUCCUCUCUUCGUGAGUCCAGCUUAUUGGAUGUGUGGGUGGUGAAGGCUGUCAUACACAUCCUCUCAUAUAUUCUGGAAGCUCAAAUUCCUUCUUCCAAGUUGACACUUGAUGCUCUUCACAUCACUACUAACUCAGUGUUGAUGUAUCUGCUAUCCAACAGAGAGUUUCAGUUCAGUGAGAAUACCAAAUUCCUAAAAUUGGUAGCUUGGCAGACUUGUGAUUUGCCACUCACAAGAAAAAAUGUUGAUUUGACAACAUUUUACAUUCCUCACAUGCCAGUGAUUAAACACCCAAGCAGAUAUUAUGAUGGAAAAUCCUGCUUUAUCACGUUAAUCCAAUCCUAUAGGCAGAAUCCAUAUCACUGGGUUAGGACUCCAUUACAGAUGAAGGGACAUGUUGCUGAAAUGAAACUCUUCAACUGCAGCUCCAGAAGAGAAAUCAAAAUGAGACACUUGUCCACUCCACUCAUCAUUGAGUUUGAGAAGCAAGAGAACCCAGGGGUUGAGUUCACACUCUCACGCUCUGAAGUAAACACUCAUCAGUUCAACGUCACAGCUGAACUUCUGCAAAAGGCAGUGGAGAUUAGGGUGGAGUUCAGAAGACCACCAAGACGGCCUUUCCCCAUCUUGUUGCUCUUCAGAAUGCACCAAAAGCCAACACCUUUGUUGUACAAUGUACGUAAUGUCUAUCACUGGAAAGGACAAGUGGCUCAGAUCUUUUUACCCGCUUCAUCUUUAAAAGACACUGGUAUCGCAUUUCUGAUGCUCCUCAAUGCUGAUUAUGAUAAAAGAUCUAGAAAUAAAUACAUGGCACAUGAAGUGGACUACACACUGAGAGUUGAGUCCACUCAAUGCUUAGUUUGGGAUGGUGUGAAAGACUGGAGAUCUGAUGGAUGUUCUGUGCUCAAAAGCUUCACCUCAACCAAAGUGAACUGCAGUUACAACCAGCUAUCAUCGUUCACUUUUGCACAUCAGAUGAUCCAAAGCCUUUACAGUGUUUCAGACAUCACUGAGUACACAAGCAUCUGUGCCAACCCUAUGGUGAUUAUUGUAAUGGUGGUUGUAGUGGCUGUCUACACUGUGCUAUUGGUGUUUUGUAAUCAUGCUGAUAUUCAGGUGGAAAAGGAUUUGGGAACAUUCCUUCUGCCAGACAACAAUCCUUCAGACGAGUUCCUCUAUGCUGUUACUAUCGACACAGGCCUCAGAUCAAGAGCCAGAAUGACAGCAAAGGUAUAUAUAGUUCUGUAUGGUGAGAAAGGAGUGUCUCAAAUGAGAGAGCUCAGCAAUCCUGACCACACACUCUUCACUCACAAUUCCAGGAGAACGUUUAUUCUGAGCUCAGCCCAGAGUCUGGGCCAAUUAUGGCAGGUGUGUUUGUGGCACAAUGGUGGAGGUACGUCUCCCAGUUGGUUUCUGAAUCACGUGAUGGUGAAAGACAUAGUAGACGGAUCAAGUUGGACCUUUCUGGCGCAGUGCUGGUUGGCAGUGGAUGAAGGAGACGGACAAGUGGAGCGAAAACUGCUUGCUUUAGACCGACAGCUCACAUUCAGAGAGUUGCUGCAUCUGAAUCUUGCUGAUUACUUAGAGGACUUGCACCCAUGGCUGUCUGUUUACAGUCGGCCAUCUUACAGCUCACAUACAUUCACUCAGCGCUUGAGUGUCUGUUUCCUACUGCUGCAGGUUUACAUGUCCGCUAACUGCAUACUCAUAUACUUUCACGAAGACCAGCACUGGUUGGAGUCAGGCCUGAUUGGUGUUUCGCUGAUCUCAGUGUGGACAGGACUGUGUGCACUUACUUUUCUACCUUUAGGCUCUCUUAUGUCCUUCCUCUUCCGCAUCAGCAAGACAAACAAAUAUGGCAGGGAUUCAGGGGAUCAGUAUACAGUCAGAAUUCCUUACAUCUUCUCUGUAGAUGGUGACCGCAAUGCUUUUCUGUUGAGGGAUAAUGUGUCUGAACUGAACGAUUCACGGAGCACUGUUUCACAAUGGAAAAAUAAAUGUCAGGUUUUGAAGGCAUGUGAUUUGGAGUCUUUGUCCUGUGUGAAACGGAGAGAAAGCUCAGCACUGCAGAAAGCCACUGAUACUGUCUCGUGCAUUGAAAUGAUUGAAAAAAAUAUUCCGGACAACAAUGACAAAUUACAGAAUGAAUUUAGCUCUGUUGUAGUAAAUGAUCUCACAAACAACAAUGUUUAUAGAAGAAGCAGAUCUCUGCAAGCUUGGUGCUACUAUGGGACAUGGAUUUUGUUGCUGUGCGUGUCCGUCACUUGUAUAAUCAUUACUGGAAUUCUGGGACUGAAAUUUAGCUCUACAAAGUGUCUCCUGUGGAUUCACUCAGUAUUUUUCUCCUUGCUCUUCUGUGCUUUUGCAGCACACCCAGCACUGAUAUUUAUUGUUGCGGUAUGUGUAACUCUGCAACGAGGGGAUCAGAGUUAUUUUUGCCAAAUCUCAGCUGUUGAGGAGCCAGUCAAAGAGCUGCUAAAAAAUAACAGCCGAAAUGGAGCCUGUGUGGAGAAGCAGUCCUUGUCCAGCUCAUAUCAUCACAGAGAGGAGAUCAGUAUGAAUUUUGAAAAGGUGCUGGCAGCCCGUCAGAGAGCCAGAUAUUUGCGUCUCGCACGUCCACCUACUUUCACUGAGCUUCAAAGUGUGAGGAGCCAAAUUAAAAAAAGGUCACAUCUUCAGAAAACAAUAAGAGAGCUGAUGUUAUAUGGCUUUGCCUCGUGUAUAGUUGGCACUUUGGCUUAUGGAAAAUCCUCCAGUGAUAAGUUUUAUCUGAAUCAGGCAGUCAGAGCUCACUUUACUGGGAUGGCUUCAAUCCAGAAGCAUGAUGACUGGUGGAACUGGGUAGAAAACACACUUCUACAUGAGCUCUAUUUUUAUUCCCAUGAAUAUAGUGGGGUGGAAGACAGUGUAAAAGCUAUCUCUUUAAUUGGAGAGCCGGUCAUUAUGAAGAUGGAAGGAACAGACAAUUCAUCAUGUCAGUCAUCAUCUGGAGCUCUAGCAUCUUUUUUUAGUGCUUUCAUUGAACCUUACCAAUGUGGGAAACUCGGGUGUUAUGACGGAGCAGGAUUUAAUGUCCCAUUAGGAAAAAACAGGUCUGAAGCAUCCAGCAAGCUUAAGACACUGUGGACUUCAGACUGGAUGCGCAGCUCCACCCAUGCCAUAAACCUCCAGUUCACUUUAUAUAGCCCUGUUUAUAACCUCUUUACCACUGUCACCAUGCUUGGUGAAAUGUCAUGCAUGGAAGCUGUUCUAUCCUCAGUCUUCAUUUCCUCUGCCAGACUUCAUCACUUUCCCUGUGCCCUUCAUUACAGUGCUACAGCUGGAGAGCUUCUCCUGCUCUUCUUUACUUUGCUUCAAAUCUACUUUCAAAUAUAUGCCAUGGCUCAAAGAGGACGAUGUUACUGGUCAGACUUCUGGAACUGGAUAAAAGUGAUUGUAGUCCUGCUCAGUCUUCUGUGCUUUGUCUGUUCUGUGAUUCACUUCAAAGUGAUCACAGACACAAUGGAACAGCUCAGAAGAGAAGAUUUCAAGACCUUUGUCGACUUAAGUCCUGCUUCUUCUUGGGAACAGUGCACUCAUUCACUUUAUGGGCUCCUUCUGUUCAUUCUUCUGAUUAAAUGUUGCUCAUUGCUAUGCCUCAAUGAAGCCAUGGCCACAGCUGUAUCUACAGUGAGAGUUGUCUUCUCCAGUCUGCUAUGGCCUGUGAUAACUGGCGUGAUCUUUAUUUUCGCUUUCUCCUCCCUGGGGAUCCUGGUUAACUUACCAAAACCAGUUUAUUCUCUUAUCACGCAUCAUUUUGGCAUUGGAAAGCUUGAUGGUUCACACAAAAAUCAAGCCUCUUGGAUGCUUUGUUGCUACGGAGCCUUAAUCUGCAUUGUGUCUUUUUCAGUGAAAGCAGUGACAACUGGUAUACUCAGUUUGGUUGUGAAAAGGGCAAAAUCUAAGAGGAGAAAACCUCAUCUGUCUGUCCUGGACCUCUGCACUUAUAUCCAUGAUGAGGCUCUGGCGCUUGUUGGUAAAGGCAGGCAGAAGUGGCCUGUUCAUCCAAAAAACAACAAUUUUGUCCUGGAGGAGUUUGAGGAUCUGGUUGAUGAGCUCCUGCUCAAGCUUAAUGUCAUUUCCAGUAGUGAUGAAGACCAGGAAAACUAUGAGGACCAGAGUCCUCUCCAAUCAGCAUAUGACUUCAGCUCAGAGAUCAGUGAUGAAAACAAAUUGCAGAAAAUGGAAAUAAAGCGAGAAAACAGUCUCGGGUCACUGCUUGAAAGGAACAACCUGCAGAGCUUUAGACGGAGUGAGGAAACAAUCCAUGACCAGGCAAUUUACACAGAUCCAAAGGGCCAUCAGAACAUCUCCACAUCUCCUGUAAAGAAGUUAAAGAACUCUCAAACAUCUUUCGGCAUACAUCAAACCAUCAGUGUUCAUAUUGAAGGCAGUGAGAUACUAAAGGCAAAUAGAUCACAAUCACUUAAGAUGACUAUGGAGGACCAUGACUGUGAUAAUACAGUCCUGAAUAAAGCUCUUAAUUCCCAACACCCUAUGGGUUUCAUCUCUCAUACUGGGAGGUUGACAAACCGAUCAUGUCACAGAAAGUCAUGUAGAUUGUUCUGUUUGAAUGAACCACAUGCAGAAAAACAGACUGAAGUGGAAAAUAUUCCAGGCCAGUGUUACUGAAUAGUGAAAUACAAUGAAUCACGAUUUUACUCGAUACACAAGAUGGCAAAUAUUUUGUUUUGUUGUAUAGCAUUAAAAAGCUAGAAAAGGGACUUCUUUUAUUUGUUUUGUCUAAUAAGAUUAACACAGAAAUUGAUUAAACAUGCAUUUCAUUUUGAAUCUCAAAUACACGCUUAAUCUGAAAAACUAAAUUCAGUGUUGGUUCAAUAUCUAAUGGUACCAUACAAAUUCCAAAUAACAUUCAAAUUCAGAUUUUGCAUUUUGGUUUUGGGACAAGAUCUCCCAAACAUGACAGUUGAAAUUUGGAAAAAAAGGUCAGCUGGUCUUUUUCCAGUCUUCAACUGUCCAGUUUGACUGAGUCUAUGUUUAUGAGAGACUCGGAUUCCUGUGCAUAUUUAGAAGCUUUUCUGCUCACCGUGGAUGCAAUGAGUGUUUAUUUGAGUUACUGUAGACUUCCUGUGACCUCACACCUGUCUGGAAAUUCUCCUUUGGUGGAAUUCUCCACACCUUGAUAAGUUGCUGAACUAAGAGGUGUAUUGGGACUUUAAACAGUGCUUCACCUUGGCAAACACUUGCACACUUUUUUCUAUCCUUCUCCUUAACAGGUGUGGCCAUUGCAAACAGUAUGAUAAAAUUACAUAUACAGUAUAUAUCAAAAAUAAAAUUGUACAAAUCUACAAAACAACUACAGUAUUAAUUACCAAAAAUCCUUUAAAAUCAUUUACUAGAAGUUUUAUCUUAA